AGUUCUGCACUCGUUCACCAGUAGCCGUCUACAGCGGACCUCCUCAUUCACAGGAAAGUAAGGACCGCAGCAGAGAACAGUCACCAUGCCCACUGAUCUGAAUGGAUAUUGGAAAAUGAUUUCCAGUGAUAACUUUGAGGAGUACAUGAAGGCUCUUGAUGUAAAUGUAGCCAUCAGAAAAAUCGCCAACUUGCUGAAGCCUGACAAGGAAAUCGUCCAUGAUGGGGACCACAUUACCAUCAAAACCCUCAGCACUUUCAAAAACUACAACAUGGACUUUCACGUGGGCAAGGAGUUUGAGGAGGAUCUUUCCGGAGUGGAUGACAGGAAAUGCAUGACCACAAUCACCUGGGAGGGAAACAAGCUGGUGUGUGUGCAGAAGGGAGAGAUUGAAGGUAGAGGCUGGACCCACUGGGUGGACGGAGAUGAGCUUCAUCUGGAGCUGAGAGCUGCAGGAACUGUUAGCCAUCAGGUCUUCAAGAAGUCCUAAACUGGUUCUUGUACUGAGCUGGACGGUGCCCCCAGCUGGGAUUUUCUCACAAAGUCCCAACAGUCACACAUACUUCUCCGUCCAAAAACCUGAUCAGUAUUUUUGUCCUGGAGAGAAUGUUAUUACUCCAUCAAUCAUUGCCUUACUCUGCCGAGAUGAAUUAAUGUACAGCACAAUAAAAGGCGAGUCUAGGCGUGUAUCAUAUAUUAUCACUAAAUACUAGGCUGUAUAUCUGUUGGACGCAUGCAUACUGUUACUGCAGGUGAAGUGUAUUUCAUUGGUGAGCUUGUCUGAUGGAAAAGUAAUGGGGAAAGUGAGGAGAGCUGCAAGUACACAAAUUAAAAGGGUUGAUCCCAUUUAAGCUCUCGAAUGAUUGCUAUGGAGUGAAAAGAUGAAUGUUCGAGUGAGUUUGAAGGUUUUAAACUCCUUCUCUCAGUCUGCAUAAUGGAAAUCAGUUAUGACAUGUACAUAUUUAUCCUCCCAUUGUCUCUAGGACUCCAUCAUUAAAAGUCAAAUGAAUGAAUCAAUAAAGUAAAGAGUGCACUAUAA